GGCCGGUCCCUGCAAGGGCCGGCCGGUCUGCGUGGAGAGUCUGAUAUCACCAAAGAGAGAAUUCAGAAGAUUCUGGCCACAGGUGCCAAUGUCAUUCUGACUACUGGUGGCAUUGAUGAUAUGUGUCUAAAAUAUUUUGUGGAUGCUGGUGCCAUGGCAGUACGCCGUUGUCUGAAGAAAGACCUCAGACGAAUUGCUAAGGCCAGUGGAGCAACUAUCUGUUCAACACUUGCAAACUUGGAAGGAGAUGAGAGUUUUGAUCCCUCUUUAGUGGGCCAAGCUGAGGAGGUGGUUCAAGAAAGGAUAUGCGAUGAUGAACUGAUACUUGUUAAAAAUACAAAGGCCCGUACUUCUGCAUCAAUCAUUCUGCGAGGAGCAAAUGAUUUCAUGUGUGAUGAGAUGGAGCGCUCCCUACAUGAUGCACUCUGUGUUGUGAAGAGAGUGCUUGAGUCCAAGUCUUUAGUUCCAGGAGGUGGGGCUGUGGAAGCUGCACUCUCCAUCUACCUGGAAAACUAUGCAACUAGUUUGGGAUCACGUGAACAACUUGCCAUUGCAGAAUUUGCCCGGGCCAUGUUGAUUAUUCCUAGGACUCUGGCAGUGAAUGCUGCUCAGGAUUCUACAGACCUUGUUGCAAAGUUGCGUGCAUUCCACAACGAAGCUCAGGUCAAUCCUGAUCGCAAAACUUUGAAAUGGAUUGGUCUUGAUUUAUUGAAUGGGAAGCCAAGGGACAACAAACAAGCUGGUGUCUUUGAGCCUACUAUGGUUAAAGUCAAGAGUCUGAAGUUUGCAACAGAAGCUGCUAUAACCAUCCUGCGAAUUGAUGAUCUCAUCAAACUUUACCCAGAUGAAAAGCAAGACAAAGGAAAGAGUUACCAAGAUGCAGUUCAAAGUGGAGAGCUUAAUGGCUGAAGCACCUGAGUUCUAAAAUCAGCUAUUAUAAUUUAUGUUUAACUCUUGGCAUCCAUCAGGUGCUUCUUGUACUUCUGUUCUAGAUUGAGCAGCUUGUCAUACUUGUCUGAAAUUCAGUGCCACUUGUUGUAGUGCUCUGUUUAAUUUACUAUGCUUGUUUAGUGCUAUUUGGCACAAACCGGAUUUAAAAGACCUCUUACUUUGUUACCUAUAGUCAACUCUUUCAAGUUAUUUGUGCAAAAUUAUUUCCUGUACAUUGACAGUUGUGCUUCAAGCUCCUUCGGAAAUAAAAUGUGACAGUUGUCAAGUGAUCAGCCCAUCUAUGUAGGGAGCUGUUAAGAGACCACCUUAAUUUCAUGAAUAAACGUUGAUGUUGUG